CUUCCUUCCAUUCCGUCAUUAAAUUUUAGCAGGUUUAUGUUUGUGGUUUCACCGUUGGCGUCGUCUCGUCGUUCAGAUCAGAGUUCCAAGAACUCUAAAGAAGAUGCUGUGUUAAAAUCCACGUUAACAUAUACCCGCUUCUAAUCUAGCAGUGGCAGUGCAUACAGUCUGAUGUGCGUCUAAACAGAAGUGAAUUAUAUUUCAUGUUGUAACAAAAAUAUUACGUUUGGAUUCUGGACACUAAAAGUGUGGAAAAAUGAGUUACUCUAGUGAUGAAGUGAACUUUCUUGUAUAUCGCUACCUACAGGAAUCAGGUUUUCAUCACUCUGCAUACACAUUUGGUAUUGAGUCGCAUAUAUCACAAAGCAAUAUCAAUGGUGCCCUAGUACCUCCUGCAGCUUUGUUGAGUAUCCUUCAAAAGGGUUUGGAAUACACUACAGCAGAGAUUACUUAUGGGGAAGAUGGCUCUGAAAUACGUCUUACUGAAAGUUUGAGCUUGAUUGAUGCAGUCAGUCCAGAAAUAAUUGCCGCUCGCCAAAAUGCACAUAACACACAAAAACAAGCUAUUAGAGCAGAACAGGGCACAGGAACUGAACAAAAUGGUGUUGAAGUGACAGCAUGUAACCCACCAGCGGCAACAGGGGGUGCGGCGACUCCGAGUGCUCCUGAGAAUAUGGAGGUUGAUCAGUCCAUAGAAAUACCGGCCAGCAAGGCUACAGUCCUCAGAGGCCACGAGUCUGAGGUGUUUAUUUGUGCUUGGAAUCCCAGUACUGAUCUGUUGGCAAGUGGCUCGGGUGACAGCACAGCCAGGAUCUGGGAUAUGUCUGACAAUCCUGCUACGACUCCUAAUCAGUUGGUACUGAGACACUGUAUCCAGAAAGGUGGGGCAGAGGUGCCCAGUAAUAAAGAUGUCACUUCUUUGGACUGGAAUUGUGACGGUAACCUUCUAGCAACGGGAUCAUACGACGGAUACGCCCGCAUUUGGACCACUGAUGGAACCUUGGCCUCCACAUUGGGUCAACACAAGGGACCUAUAUUUGCUCUGAAAUGGAAUAAACGCGGGAACUACAUUCUGAGUGCAGGGGUAGACAAGACGACCAUAAUAUGGGAUGCCGCGUCAGGACAGUGCACUCAGCAGUUUUCCUUCCACUCUGCUCCGGCGCUGGAUGUGGACUGGCAAACAAACACAUCCUUUGCAUCUUGUUCUACUGAUCAGUGCAUCCAUGUGUGCAGACUCCAUGUUGAUAAGCCUAUUAAAAGUUUCCAGGGACAUACUAAUGAAGUGAACGCCAUAAAGUGGGAUCCUCAAGGACAGUUACUGGCUUCCUGUUCUGAUGACAUGACUUUGAAAAUUUGGUCCAUGAAACAAGAUACUUGUGUCCAUGACUUACAAGCUCAUUCAAAAGAAAUUUAUACCAUCAAGUGGUCUCCUACCGGUCCGGGAACACAGAAUCCAAAUAUGAAUCUUAUUUUGGCCAGCGCUUCUUUCGAUUCCACUGUACGUUUGUGGGAUGUCGAAAGGGGCGUGUGUAUACACACUUUAACGAAGCACACAGAACCGGUUUACAGUGUGGCCUUUUCGCCCGAUGGCAAGUUUUUGGCCAGUGGCUCAUUUGACAAGUGUGUGCAUAUAUGGUCGACACAGACCGGUGGGCUGGUACACUCGUACAAGGGCACAGGUGGCAUAUUCGAGGUGUGCUGGAACUCGCGAGGCACCAAAGUCGGCGCUAGUGCUAGUGACGGCAGCGUGUUCGUGUUAGAUUUACGUAAGCUAUAAGGAACAACACUCAGGGCUCGUUCCACUUGACGCUCGCGUCACUCUCGGCGGCGCACGCGGCAUUAAGCAAUCUGUUUCCGAUGGUAUAAAAGAGAAAUGGGACGUAGCUACAGAUAGAUUGAAUAUUCCUAGUAUGUAAGUACUUGAUGCCAUUCUGUCUUUUGUGUAUUUUACUAGGAGUCCUGUACUUUCCAGACUAAGUACGAAAUAACAGAAACUUAACUUUUCAAUACGUUUUUACCUAUAACAUGAAAUCUUAAUAACUACUGAACUUAGCAUGGAUUAUUGGAUUUUAUUAGAUGUGUAAAUUGUACGGGUACUGGUAAUACCUUUAAUGCGGAAAUAUAAUCAACUAAAGAUGAUAGUUUCGUGAGGCGUCGAGGUCGUUUAGUGACAUGCUUCGUAUGUGGAUUAUUGGUAGGAAGGCGAAGCAAACGUCAGCAUUUAAGAGCAUUUCUCAUAACCAAGAAAGAACAUAACAUGAGAAGUUGCUUUAGGGUAUUCUUAGAUCCCGUAAUCAAAGGGUGUCAUCUUUCCUUCCUCCUCCGAGGAUUCCAUUUCACCACUGCUUUAAAAAAGUCUCGUAUCUCGCUGCUACCCAAAGUUAAAACGCAUCAUAAACCCCAAUAGUUAGAAGGUUGAAAUGUUUAGUGUGUGGCUUAUAUAUCAUUACCUACAUGACCGCUUGAAAUCAUCAAUUUAUGUGUAGUGAGGGGUGUAGACGGCGUGAUUUUUUGCCGCUUUUGUCAAGUGGAACGAGUCCUAAUCAAAGGCGAAUGUUUUAGCAUUCAAUCUGCUAUUGCAGCGAUUUAGUAAGUAGGUAUUAUGUACAGAAUUUUAAUAAAAGGCGCUAUAAACACAUGUAAUUAUCAUAAUAGUAAAGCGAGUAGGUACCAGAAAAAAGUUUUCGUUGUCAAUCAUAGAAUACUAGGUAAUUAUGAAAAUGGUAAAAAAGACAACUUGGAACAUUUAAUAUCUAAAGCUCUCAAGAGAAAAAAUCAAUUUAUAAUUCUUAGGUAUAAAAGUAUUUAGUAAGAAAAUAGGUGUAAAUAAGUAAAGUGGCAAUUGAACGUUAUUUGGCUGGAUAUCCCAACUUUUAUAGAAAAUAAACAAAAAAGUUAAAUUUAUUAAGCCAAGGUAUUCCACCUGUCUCAUUGAAGCAAAAUGUGAGACGCAAUAAACAUUGGACAAACAAAUUGGAUACCUAGUACCUAGGUGGAAUACCACCUUUAGACCUAGGGUGUAGGUAUACCCUUGGGUCAUGUGUGGCGCCAGCUUUUAAAUAGUAUGUGUGUUAUUUUUAAAGAUUCAUGCGUAAGUAUUGAAAAGAAUAUUAGCAAUAUAAACGUUGUAAACUGGCUGGCUAGCAACACGUGUCUUUGUAUGUAUUUAAAUAGUUAACGGUUGCUUCAAUUAAUGGUAAAUCAGGUACCUGCGUUGUAAGCGAAAUAUUAUGUAUGUUUCUGAACUCUGAUUCUGAUUUGAUUACGUAUAGUCUGUAGGUCUGUGCCUGUAUUCGUUACAAAUGUAGGCGGUUGUGCUAGGCGCUGUGCGCUACACUUACGGGACGGGAAAGCGAUUUUUUCGAAAGCUAGACACGUCUCUUUAAAAACAUGUUCAAGUGAUUAUGACUCGAAAUUGUCCAAUCGUGGAGAUAGCAAAAAUAUUAAAUAUUCUAUUUAAGUAAUUUUAAUUACUUAGUUACAUCGUUACUAAAUUUACGAUGCCAAAAUUAAGACAUUAUUACUGUACUUACCACAAUCAUAUGUGACGUUCCACGGCAAAAGGUACGUUAUGGCGACUGGCGGCUACGUCGCAUAGCGCCGCAAUAAUAUCGGAGCGGCGUUAAUAAUAGCGUAAGCGCCAACCGCCAUAAGGUACCUUUAUCUGGGACGUCACAUAUGGUCACUGCCUUUACCUCGGAGGAAUUUAACGUGUUUUUUUUUGUGAAAGUAUAAUCCAUUCAGCACACUAAUUUACCCUAAAAACUUUAAGGUACUGUUUUAGGUAAAUUAUGUUUUAUCCCUUUCUUGCAAAUACAUAAGUAAAAAUGAUAGAUAAAGACAAACGAUUCAAAGGUCAUUCAGGCCAGUAACGCAUUUAUGAAUAAUACCAUAAGUUUUUAUUGCAGGAAGCUCAGAUGUACAAGUUAACAAAUAUUUGUAAAGAAACUGGUAAUUUCACCUGAAUACAAAAUAUACCGGGUGUGGCCUGUAAUAUGAGCAAAAAAUUAUACUGUAGGCUAUACUCCUCAUACUGACCAACAUUUGUUCAGCGACUUUUAAAAACACCUUUGGGUUUGAUUUUUAAUACACCUUAAAGUUUAUUCUAAGACGCAAUGUAUUGCGAAUUUUGUUAUGUUUAAGGCGUGACAAGCAACGUCAAUCACGAUGAUAUGGCGUCGCAAUGGCGUCCAUUGAAGAAAAUAUUUAUUUUGUAUGAAAAAUAGAGCGUCAAAAUACUUCAUAAUUUUUCAAAGUUGUUGAACCAAAGUGUCACCGUUUGAGGAGUACAAUUUAUGUUUUAUUUAUUUGCUCUUGUUACAGGCCACACCCGGUAUAAAGCUAUUAUGCCUCCUAUUAUUUUAUCAACAUCAUUAUAUGCUGUCCUAAUUGUGACUUAAAGCUUCUGUAUCCUUAUUGCUAGAGAUGUUUGAAGAUUUCUGUAUUUGAACUCUAAAAUAUUUGUAUAAAUCUAGUUACUAAUAAUGAUGCAAUGAAAUUGUAUAAAAUAACUAGAGGUACCUACAAAAUUAUUACUACAAAAUAAACAUUUUUUAAAUAAG